AUGACAAUCGCCACAGUAAACGAAAUCCAUCAACAACAUAAGAAUAUACAGCAUGGCAAGUCAUAUUUCGCUGUACUAUUGGCAGGAUUUUCUUCCCUAGGCGGAUGGUUUUUUGGAUAUGACCAAGGUGUAACUGGCGGGAUCGUCGUGAUGCCUUCGUUUAAAAAUGAUUUUUGUGUUGGUGUAUACGGUAAUGCAAGUGUUUGUGAUUUACCAGUCGCGUCAUUGCCUGCUGAUUAUCGCCGAUAUUUAGUACUAUUUACAUUGCUAUACAACGUGGGAUGUUUUGUAGGUGCUUUGUUUAUUUCUUCUUUUGUUGCCGACAGAUUCGGAAGACGGGCAAUCAUCCUCACAUCAGCAAUUCUAUUUACAGUUGGAACAUCAUUAGUUAUAUUUCCACCGGGUGGCUCGAAAAAGAUCAUGAUUUUAAUUCUUUUCGGUCGGAUUAUUGAAGGGACAGGCGUAGGUUGUUCGUCAUUUUCUUGUCCAUUGUACGCAUCAGAAAUCGCUCCUACUCAUCUUCGCGGUAUGCUUUCAGGCUUUAUGCAAAUGACCGUUGUUACCGGUUUAUUUGCUGCUAAUGUUGUUAAUUAUUUCCUACAAAAUCAUAAAUGGGGCUGGAGAUUAUCGAAUGGAAUUAUUCUUAUUGCGCCAUUAAUUAUCAUCAUUGGUAUCUAUAUGUGCCCUGAAACACCGCGCUGGUUAUUUAAAAACAAGGGCCGUGAAGCUGCAAAGAGAAGCUUGCAACGCAUUCGCAAAGCCGAUGACGUAACAACAGAAUUAGAUGCGAUUGCUGACGCUAUUCGAGAAGAAGGUAAUCAAGUGUCUCUUAAAGAACUAUUCGCAAGCAAGAAAAUGGCCGAAAGAUUAGCUGUCGGGAUCGGCAUGCAUAUCUUUCAACAAACAACAGGUAUCAAUCCUAUUUUUACAUUCGGUGGAAUCAUUUACGAGAAUGUUCUCGGAAAAGGUAUUAUAUCUUUACUCAUCUUAUCCGGAAUUAAUAUGUUAAGUACUAUACCAGCUCUAUUUCUGUUCGAUCGAUUGGGUCGACGCUUCCUUUUGAUAGUCGGUGGUUUAGGUAUGGUUAUAGGUCAUUUAGUUGCUGCCAGCGUAUUCGUGGUCGGUUGUAGUGUUGUGAAAGUAAUGAACAACGUUACGGCAGGCAGCGAAGAGAUUGUUACAUGUCAAUCGAGUGCAGGAAUUCUAAUGCUGAUCUUUACAGUUGUUUUCGUGGCAUUUUUCGCCGUAUCUUGGGGGCCUAUUGCUUGGAUUUAUGCUGCUGAAAUUUAUCCAUUGAAUGUUCGAACCAAGGCUGUUGCAAUGUCAACAGGCAGUAACUGGUUGAUCGGUAUAAUUAUGGCCUAUAUUCUCGAAUUGAUCAGUCCGUUAGGUAUUCACGGUGUAUUCUAUCUCUUCAGUGGAUUCACUCUCAUAGCUGUUCUAUUCGUUUAUCUAUGCUGUCCAGAAACACGAGGAGUCUUAUUAGAAGACAUCGAGAACAUAUUUGAUAAUUUUCAAAUGAAAAACAGAACAAUUGUUAAACUGAUACGACGAUCAUACGAAGGUGAUCUCAUUCGAACAUAUAUGUAG